CGACGUCACAGCGGCCUUUCCGUCUGAGGGCGAAGCGGAGGGUGUGGCUUGGAGCUGGCCCCGCCCCUCCCUCCCUCGCGAGGGCGUGGCUUGGUCGGCGCGGCGGACGGGGAGCUGGCGGGCCCAAAAAGUCGUCGCUGGCGGCUGUCGGGGGGCUAGUCGGCGAUGGCCCCCUCGGGGCUUCCGUCGCCGCGAUGACGGCCCCGCCUCCUUCCUCGGAGGGGGGCGUGGCCUUCUUCCUCGUCGCCGUCGCCUUCUUCUCCUCGUCCUCCAUGAUGGCGGCGUCUGCUUCUCCUCAGGCGGCGGGCUCGGCCUCGUCGUCGUCUUCUUCAGCCCAGGCCUUUGUGGAAGUGGUCCUCUUCGAGCCGGGACCCGGCGGGGAGUACUCCACCUACACCGCCGGGCUGCAAGGCCGCUUUGCCCGCGCCGGCGCCACGCUCAGCGCUGAGGGAGAGAUCGUGCAGAUGCACCCGCUGGGCCUGUGCAACGGGAACGAGGAGGAGGAGCUCUACGACUACGGCUGGGUCGGGGUCGUCAAGCUGGAGCAGCCCCACCUCGAGCCCAAGCCCUGUCUCUCCGUCCUCGGGAAAGCCAAGCGUGCGGUCCAGCGGGGGGCCACAGCUGUCAUCUUUGACGUCUCCGAAAACCCAGAGGCCAUUGACCAGCUGAAUGACGGGCUGGAGGACCCCCUGAAGCGGCCGGUGGUGUACGUGAAGGGGGCCGACGCUGCGCGGCUCAUGAACAUCGUCAACAAGCAGAAGGUGGCCCGGGCCCGCAUCCAGCACCGGAGCCCCCCGCCGACGGAAUACUUCGACAUGGGCCUCUUCCUGGCCUUCUUCCUGGUCGUCUCCCUCGUCUGCCUCGUCCUCCUUGUCAAGAUCAAGCUCAAGCAGAGGCGGAGCCAGAACUCCAUGAACCGCCUUGCGGUGCAAGCCUUGGAGAAGAUGGAGACCCACAAGUUCAAGGCCAAGGCCAAGGCGGCGGCAGCAUCCGCCAGCAACGAAGGGCCCGGCGGCCAUAUUGGGAGCGGAGGAGGAGGAGGAGAGGCCCUCAGCAGCGGGAGCAGCAGCAGCGCCACCUCGGACUGUGCCAUCUGCCUGGAGAAGUAUCUCGACGGAGAGGAGCUGCGUGUGAUCCCGUGUGCGCACCGCUUCCACCGGAGGUGCGUGGACCCCUGGCUCCUGCAGCACCACACCUGCCCACACUGCCGACACAACAUCAUCGAGCCGAAGAAGGGCCUGGCGGGCGCUCCCUGCGAGGACCCCUCCCUCCUCCACCACGCUCCCGCUCCUCCCCAUCAUCAUCACCACCACCACCCGCUUCCUCUUCCUCCACUUCCUGUCCGUGGACAGCAACAGCCACGCCACCCCCACCACCCAGCUUCUCCCGCUGCUGCUCCUUCCGGGAUGCUGCUGCACUUGCCCCACUUCCCAAUGCGGACGGCCAUGGACCCCCAAGGGGGUGCCCCCGUCACCUUCCUCCAUUUCGCACAACAACAGCAUCAUCAGCAGCAGCAGCACGUGCCGUAUCCCCUCCCCUUCCGGAGGCAGGACAAUAUGACUGCCUUCCCUUCCUCCACGGCCUCGCCCACUUCCUGCUUCUCCCAGUACGAGGCCCUCUUCCAGCACUACUACUUCCAGCAGCGGCCUUACUUCGCCUUCGUGCCCCGUUUUGACCCCACUUCCUGUUUCCGGGGCUACUUCCCGGAAGCCACGGCGGCAGGACCCGGAAGCGAUUCGUCGGAAGCCAGCAACCGGGGCGUCUUCGGGAGCAGCUCCACCUUCCGCAGCUCCCUCAGCAGCGAUUACGACCCGUUCGUCUAUCGCAGCCAGGAAGCCCCGCCCCCUGCUUCCUCUUCCGGAGACCACCUUUCCCAUUGCAGCCUGGAAAUGAACUACAGCAGCUCCUCCUCUUCCUCUUUGGAGUGGACGCCACUUCCUCCUCCACCGUGCGGGUGCCCCACAGCAAUGGCCGCCCUCUAUGGCUUCUAUGAGGAGCAGGAAGAGGAAGCCGGAAGUGCUUCCUCCUCUUCCUCUUCCCCCCGCGAACACCGGCCCUUUAAGAGGGACUGCGGCCCCCGAGGGAGGGGGGCGGGGAAGGGCCCCUGGGCCCCGAGAGACUACUUCCUGCAGCACCACCAGCGGAAGAGGAGGAGGAAGCAGGAGGAGGAAGUGGAGGAGGAAGAGGAAGCAGAGGUCAAUGGCAGGAGGAACUUCCCCGAAGCAAGAAGAGGAGGAGGAGGAAGUGGCAACGAAGGAGCAGGCCUCUCCUCUCAGUCUGGAGAGUAGGCCACAGUGGGGAGCUGCUUCCUGUUGCUGUGGCGACGGGCGACCCCGGCGAUUGGCCCCUCCUCCCUCCACCAAAAUGGCCGCCGCCCUCGGCAACCUUUUCAGCACCUUGACGACGCAGAGUCCAAAGGGGGCGGGCUUGAAUAUUAAUGAGGGGGCGGGGCUUCAGUCCAAGAAAAGUGCCUUGUGUGUCGCUAGGCCUCGGAAGGAAGGAAGGAAAGAAGGAAGGAAGGGGGCGGGACUACACUUCCCAGAAGCCUCCUCUGGGGAAGCCAAUGAGGGAAGCAUGCUGGGAAAUGGAGUCCUUGGACAGCGACGACUCCUAGCCAGGCUUUGAGGCCUAGUCGGUCAAAACAGAGAGACGUUUCCUAUGGAAACCAAACAAAACAAAAAACCCAAAUAAAUAAUAUUAUAAAUAAAUAACAAUGAGAUCGCGAGGCGCUAUUUUUAAUUAUUAUUAUUAGCACUUAAUUGCAUUUUUAAUUAUUAUUAUUAUUAUUAAGGCUAGGAGACAACAACCAACCCACCCCCCUUUUUGUUGUUUUUUAAAUAACGUGUACAUUUAUUUGUAUAUUAUUAUUAUUAUUAUUAUUAUUAUUAUUAUUAUUAUUAAUGGGGCACAUUUCAUUUACGAGGAUGAUGAUGAUGAUGGGGAUUUUAAGAAAAAAUAUAUUUAUUUACUAAUAUAUUUAUCUUUUUAAGCCAUUUUUCCUCCUGUUUUUAUUGAGCGUGUUUUGUUUUUAAUGUCUGGAUAAAUAAAUAAAAUAAAUAAUAAUAAAAUAAUAAUAUUUGAAAUAAUAA